GUCUUCGAAUAAUGUUUAGAAAUAAUUUCAGACAAAAUAUAUUAAAUUAUAAUAAAUUUUUAUCAAGAAGAUACUCACGAACACCACCUCAAUCUUUAGGUCAACGAUUUAAGCAGUUAUCACAAAAAUAUGGUUGGGUGGCCGUUGGAGUUUACGGCGCUAUAUCUGUAUUAGAUUUUUCAAUAGCAUUCACGGCUGUUAAUGUUAUAGGUGCUGAUAAAGUAAAACUCUUAGAGGAUAAACUGCUCAGUUGUUUUGGUAUUAACACUGAUAAAGAUUCUGAGAAGGAUGAGAACACAAAAGAGGAGCGUAACAGUUUAUGGGCUAUGGCUGUUUUAGCGUAUGGUAUUCAUAAAACUUUGUUUUUACCACCAAGAUUGGCACUCGCUGCAGGUGUUACACCACGUUUAGUGAGAGAAUUACAAAGAAGGGGUUAUGCUAUCGGUCCCAAUAGUGAAAAGGUUGUAGCGCGUAUGCGUCAAGUUAAAGAUAGAAUAAAUAGAGAUAAAUAGAUCAUUAUAAUUAUCAUUAUAUACGUCAA